AUGACGAAAGACGCUCCAGAUACUGCACUUUGGGUUGUUGGGUACGGCUCGUUGCUAUGGAAGCCGCCGUUACACGAGCUGGACAUCUCUAAGGAGUUUGUGCGGUUUCCCGGGUAUUUGCAAGGAUACGCGAGACGGUUUUGGCAAAGCAGUUAUGAUAAUCGAGGCACCCCUGAACAGAAAGGCCGUGUGGUGACCAUUAUUCCGAGCGAUAAGAUUGUGGAGACGCCGGGAUUCCAGCCCGACAUCCUCAAGUACGAGCUUGCGCAGCACAGUGCACCUCAGGAGGUGAUUUCUAAGAGCGCAUUACUUGAAGCAGAGCUGCGGGUUUGGGGGUGUAUCUAUUAUAUUCCGCCCCAGUACGCCGCCAAGGCCGCGGACUAUCUAGAUUUCCGCGAAAAAGACGGCUACACCAUCCACAAGGUCCAUUUCAAGGUCACCGAUACGGUUGGCCACGAGAAUCUGUUGAAAGAUCUGCCCAAGGAGGACGGCCUGUACACGGUGGAGUCGAUGGUGUACAUUGGGACGGUGGACAACGAGUCGUUCAUCGGACCCGAAGAUAUCGAGCAGACCGCGCAGGUGAUUGCCAAGUCUGCGGGUGAAUCAGGCCCCAACGACGAGUAUCUGCUACUUCUGCAGCAAGAGGUGGACAAAAUGGGCGGCGAUUUGUACCUGAACGAUUUGGUUGCACACCUCAAGUCAAUUGCGUAG